AUGCCUUCGACAAACGAGAAGUCAACCACCACCGACGAGACGGCCUCUGUUCGCAGCACCUCGACCACCUCAAGCCUGAAGGCCCUUUUGCCGCGCAAGGGCAGCAAGGAUAGCAAGGCCAGAAAGGACGCCAAGGACACCAAGGACGUCAGCAAGGGCAAGCCCCUGGCGGUGUCUGUUCGAGAGACGCCCGAGGAGAAGGCAAUCCGAAGGGAGGCUGUCGCCGGGUAUAUGAGUAUGAUGAGGUAUUAA